CACAAUUGUCCUAUCACUGAAGAGCAAAAACGGCGAUUCCGAUAACCCAUCUCACACCGUUCGGGUCCACGGGCCCAUGGCCAUAAGCGCCCGCUGCAAGGAAUGCUUUAGCGCAAGUAUCCCCAGAAUCCAGCGCACUGUACGCCGACCUCAAGCAAUAUAAAACACCAUCCCUCGUCCUCACUCUACUUUUCUUUCUUCAUCAACACCAACGGACUCUCCCACCGUCCGCUCCUCCUUUUUCCCUCUUUAGCCUAAUCGGCCUCUCUGCACUCACAGGGGAGGCCAAGCCCCCUCGAACUUGAAUCAAUGGCGGUCGCAGCAGCAUCAGGAACAAAGUGCGCCCGACAACUCGUCAUGUCAUGGUAGUCUCAUCAGUGCCCCGGCGCCAGAUUCUGAUUUUGAUCUCUUGUGCGACGUUUCUCCUUUCUUGGAUCUUCCCCUUCUUGACUUCGACUUUAGCUCCCAAGGUGUAUACCAGGGAGAUGAUGCGUCGUGGAAUUUUGGUCAGAACAUGGGAGAGGGAUUGUUUGAUCAGAUUAUGAUUCCUGACAUGAACACUCUGGAUACGAAUACUCAACUCGAUGUGGGAGAUGGCUUCCUCGUGCAGGAGCAGCCUCUCAUCACUGUCAACUCUUCACCACUCGAGCAACCUUCAACAUCAAGCACUCCCCACCCUCCUGCUACUACCACCAACAAAUCUCCCUCUUCAUCUAUCCCGGGAACAUCCACUUUCUCCCUCCACCCAUCUCCUUCCUCUUCAUCAGGCUCUUCUCGGAAGCGCAAAUCGUCACCGGAAGAUGAAGAGUCAGCUGUCACUCUCAAACGCCAACGCAACACCCUCGCAGCUCGCAAGUACCGCCAAAAGCGACUCGAUCGCAUCUCGGAGCUCGAGGAGGCACUGGCUGCUAUGACAAAUGAGAGAGACGAUAUGAGGCUUCAACUUGCUAGGAGAGAAGCCGAAGUGGAUGCCUUAAGAGAAAUGAUGGGAAAGAAGUGAGAAGCAAUACCGGAAACAGAGUGAGAGGAGCAGGAAAGGAAAUAUAACACAAGAUUUCAGCAUCAUUGUUUGGAUUCGGGGCUUUGGAAAGACUUCUAGAUAUGUUACUUGUUAGCGAGGCGCAUUUCGAAUUAUAAUGUUUUUUUUUGUUCAAUCAUCGAAUCAUAUUCCUGUGACGUGGUGUAUGUCAUCAGACGAUGAUGCUCUUUAGUAGCUGAGGUCGCGAUCGCACUCAUCUUGAUCAUUUUGUCUCAACACUUGAAUCAAUUGCUUCGCUAUGUCAGGCCACCUCAAGCAAUUUAUACAUGUUAUUCGACGUCGCAAACCUCCGUAACGUCCGAACGAUGCUGGCGUAGGUACAAAAAUCAGACUAUACAAGUUGGCAAGUUGCGAUAGAAGGACAGUGCAUAACGAGUACAACAGCACUGUAAGGACCCCAGACGAACGUGCGGGAAGUGGGGCAAAUGCGAGGUCCUUUGUACGAUAAAGAAUGAGCCAAAAUGAGUCAUUUCGAAGAAUUCCCUUUUAGGAAAGAGAGGAUUGUUAUCGUUGAUCUGAUCUGAUU